AAUAAAAAGGAGCUCGCUUGGAGGACUGCGAGUGAGGAGGUCAGAUUGCCUGACUCUGCUGUGAUGAGUCAUGCUGGUGAACACGGUUGCCAUGACGACGUCUGUUCUAGAAUUAUCGGCAGUUUGGGUCGUCGCUGUGACGAAGAGCGGAACGUUCUGGCCUUGAACGUGCUGUUGCUGGGCAGACGGCAAAGUGGGAGGAGCUCUGUGGGGAAUGCUCUGAUUGGUGGAGAAGAAUUCCAAACCCGCCCCUACCUUUCUGGCGUCUCCACGACAACAGAGUGUAAGCUGCUGAGCAGAACGUUCCGGAACUUUUUCAGAAGGCAGGGGGCGGAGUCUGAUCUCCUUCUGAGAGUGUUAGACACACCUCAACUGACGCUCCGCCCACAUACCUUACAUCAGCUGUGUCCUGAGGGGGUUCAUGUCCUAGUGCUUAUUAUCAGAGCCGACCAGAGCCACGAAGACGCUCACCUGGAGGAGCAGGCACAGUCUCUUCUGGGUCAAGAUUGGCGCCGUCACUCUCUCCUGGUUCUCACCUUUACUGAUCAUUUGAAGAAGGCGGGGCUUCAACCAUCAGACUACCUAGCACUGUCACCUGAUUGGCUGAAAGCUCUUACUGAAGAGGUGGAGGGCGGAGCCUUCUUCAUGGACAAUAGCUGUGAUUGGGCUUCAAUCAGGGGUGGACCGUUGAGGGAGCGAUUGCUCCGCCUCUCAGCCAGGAACCAUCACAAAGCUCUGACGGUUCAGACAGAGGUCUCACUCUGAUAUUAUUUCAGUUCUCACUGAUACAUUUUUGUGUUAAUGUUUUCUGUCGUAGUUUAAAGACGUCAUUCGUUAAGAGGAACACUUGAGGACACAGAUUUGUAUUUUGUCGAGUUUUUAAUCAUAAACAUUGU